AUGGCUGAAAAUAAUGCGUUUCAUCGAUUUAUACAAAUGUCAUGGGAAGAUGAAAAAUUUUUGCCUAUCGAGAGAUUAGAAACAAAUAACGCUCCUCUUACCAUAACACAAGCUGUCCAACGAACAAAAGUACACAUGCCAGAUUUGGAUGUUUGCAUCGAAGACGUUAUGAAACGUCUUCCUGACGAUAAACAAUACAAACUUACUUUGGAUGAACGUGUCGCUUUACGUUUGUGUACUGAAAAAGUCGCCGAAGAGAGCUUGUGUGUACGACUGGAUCGAACAUUGCGUUCUGAAGAUAAAAAAGCGCGCAAUCCAUGGCAACCAUUUCUUCAAUUAUUCUAUUCCGCAACUAAAAAAUUGCCUGAUUACCAAGGGCGCUGUUGGCGAGCUGGCACAGCUGAAAUAGUAAAGCAAAUACAAAAAGGAAAGUGUAUUACCUGGUCGGGUAUAAGUUCUUGUUCAAUUCAGUUCGAAUUGAUUGAAAAAGAGUGUCUCGACAAAAAUGGAAUACUAUUUAUGAUCGAUACUAUUUGUGCCAAAGAUAUUUCGAAAUAUUCGACGGAUCCUUACGCACUAGAAAUUAUUUUAAUGCCAGGCACUCGUCUAGUGGUGAAAAAUAUAGAACCUUAUAAGAAAGAUAGUACUAUAACACCAGUAUAUUUACAAGAACAAGUCGUAGCAGAAAAAGAAGCAACUAGAUCAAUCCAAGUGAAACCAGAGAGCCCUUAUGAGCAGACACCAUUUGGUUAG